UGGUCGCAGAUAAUGUUUCUCGUUAUUGUCGAUCCAUCGCCCGUUCGAACACUGUUCGAAUUGUUUGAGCGGACUUUGCAUCGACUGAAUCCCAAUCCCGCAUCAAAGUUUUUUGGACAACAACAUCCAAAUUCCAAACAGGCCAGAAAAUAUGUGUGAAAGGAGAAAUCGCCUUCAAUGAUUCUUCACUUUUAUCAAUCACUAGCGCCACUACCGUCACCUUCGGUUUCUUCAACAACCCAAUUCUCGAGGUCCCCACCACUCCAUCCCUCCAAAUUCUGGGCUGUCUGCUUCUAUAAAUCCAGAUCACUCCAGCCGUAACACCAUACUUUCACGAUAACCCUCUCUCUCUCUCUCUCUCUCUCUCUCUCUCUCUCUCUCUCUCUCUCACAGAAGAUAUGGGUUUCUCAUUGGGAGAAGGCAUUGUUUUUGCCUUCCUUCUACUGGGUUUAGAGAUUCAGAGCGGUUAUUGUUCACAGGUUACCCAGAUUAACAGAGCAAGUUUUCCAAAAGGUUUCGUUUUUGGCACUGCUUCUUCAGCUUACCAGUACGAAGGAGCCGUGGAGGAGGAUGGCAGAGGAAAAACCGUGUGGGACACUUUUGCCCAUUCAUUCGGUAAAAUAGCUGAUUUCAGCAAUGCAGAUGUUGCAGUUGAUCAGUACCAUCGCUUUAACGAGGAUAUACAGCUUAUGAAAGAUAUGGGAAUGGAUGUUUAUCGCUUUUCCAUCGCUUGGUCUCGGAUCUUCCCAAACGGGAGUGGAGAAAUAAACCAGGCCGGAGUCGACCAUUAUAAUAAUCUCAUCAACGCCUUGCUAGCCAAAGGAAUUGAACCAUAUAUAACCCUUUAUCACUGGGACCUUCCCCAAGCCUUGGCUGACAAAUACAAGGGAUGGCUCGACCCCCAAAUCAUAAAGGAUUUUACGGUAUACGCAGAGACAUGCUUUCAGAAGUUCGGGGACCGAGUGAAGCAUUGGAUUACUUUCAAUGAGCCACACACAUUUGCCAUCCAAGGCUAUGAUGUGGGUCUCCAGGCACCGGGGCGGUGCUCAAUUCUUCUUCGGCUCUUCUGUCGAGCCGGCAACUCAGCAACCGAGCCCUACAUUGUUGGCCACCACGUUCUCCUUUCUCAUGCAACCGUGGCUGACAUCUACCGCAAGAAAUACAAGCAAAAACAACAUGGUUCAGUGGGGAUAGCGUUCGAUGUUAUGUGGUUCGAACCGAUGACAGACUCUGCCAAGGACAUUGAAGCAGCACAGAGAGCUCAAGAUUUUCAGUUUGGCUGGUUUAUGGAACCACUGUUUUAUGGGGAAUAUCCAAGCUCAAUGAGGAGUAGAGUUGGAAGCCGGUUGCCAAUAUUUUCUAAAGCUGAGGCUGCAUUAGUUAAAGGGUCUUUGGACUUUGUGGGUAUAAAUCACUACACCACGUAUUACGCUAAAGACAACUCAACUAAUAUAGUCGGUUUUGUACUGAACGACUCCUUGGCAGAUUCUGGUGCUAUUACACUUCCAUGGAAGUCUGGGAAAGCAAUAGGAGACCGGGCAUCUUCUGUAUGGUUGUACAUUGUGCCAGAGGGAAUCAGAAAAUUGAUGAACUACAUCAAGAUAAAGUAUGGAAAUCCUACUGUCAUUAUCACUGAAAAUGGGAUGGACGAUGCAAAUAAUCCCUUAAUCUCCAUCAAAGAUGCUCUUAAGGAUGAGAAAAGGAUCAAAUAUCACAACGACUACCUCACAAACUUGCUUGCUUCUAUUAAGGAAGAUGGGUGUAAUGUGAAAGGAUAUUUUGUGUGGUCGCUAUUGGAUAAUUGGGAAUGGACAGCAGGCUACAAAUCUAGGUUUGGUGUCUAUUUUGUGGACUACAAGGACAAUCUCAAGCGAUACCCCAAAGAUUCUGUUCAGUGGUUCAAAAGUUUCUUAACGUCCACUUAAAGUGACAAGGGAACCAGGGGACCGGGCGUCUGGUCCGACUGGCAUUGUUCCUCGUUCAAAGGUGAAUGGUGCAAAAAUUAAAAAAAAACAAGGGGUGCCUAAAGAAUAAUUGUGGCAUUUGAUAAUCUGUUUUUAAAGAAUAAAAUUUCUCUAAAAAAUAAGUGUAGCGUUUGGAUAAUAUUGAUAAUUUUUAGGGGGCAUUCUUU